AUCCAUUUAAAGCAUCCGCUCAGACCAAAACAUCAGGCAUCUCAAUUCACUCAAUUCCCUUCACUUCCUUCAAUUGACAGUGAAAACAAGAUGAGUAUGUCAAACAGCCUGCAAUACAUCUUUGGUGGCCCCAAGGCUUGGGACAGUGGCCUAUGGACAGCCUCAGACGAUCGCGUCCGCGGCGGCUCCAGUAUCUCACACCUCUACACUCACUCCACACAAGCCAAGUUCUACGGUCAUCUUGACACCAAGACCCUGGGCGGCGCUGGCUUUGCUUCCCAGCGUACAGUCGGUGAUCUGGCCCUCGAUCUCUCCUGCACAGAGGGCAUCAAGCUCUCCCUCGGCUGGGACAGCUCGGAUCAGACCUUUACGCUCAACGUCAAGGACACCAUCCCCGGAAAGAGGGAGGAUGGCCGAGAUGAGGCUGGUGUGAGCUGGGAGUAUGACUUCAAGGCGCCGGAGAAUGGAGGUGAGAUUUUCAUGAAGUGGGAUGAGUUCAAGGCGACCUAUCGUGGGAGGGAGGUUGAGGAUCCUGAGCCGUUGAAGUUGAAUGAUAUCAAGAGGAUAUCUCUCAUGGCGCGAAGCUUCUUUGAUAAGCAGGAUGGAGACUUCAAGUUAUAUGUUAACUGGAUUGCUGCUGUCAAGAAGGAUGAUAACGACAGCGAUGACGAUGGUGAUCUCAAGAAGCACGCUCUUGAGCAGCGAUCUGAACCUCGUCCUCUAUGGAAGAGGCUGUUCUGUGGCUUUUUGUAAUUGUACUAGAUACCUUCACGUUUUGUGUGUCACUUACCAUGGUAUGAAUUUGAAUACACAAAAGCAUUGUAUUGGGACUAGGGUUCUCUCUACCCCCUUAGCUUGUUUAUCUCUACCAAUAUUGGCAAUUCAUUCCUCAUGGCACUUUUUGUGUUCUGACUUGAUAGAAACAUGCAACUAUGAGAAUCUGGCUGCAUUUCUCGAUGGAAUCUUUGUAUACAAAAUUUGAAGCAAAUCCCAAGUACUUUAAAGGCCUAUUGGCAUAGG